GUGGCCGAGUGAAGAGGAUAAAGGGGAAACUCUGUUCGAAUACACAUCGAAACUCAAGCAUCAAAACUUCUGAAAAGUUUCUGAAGAACUUAUGCCGCUGUUGCAUCAGGAUACAAGCCGCGCAGGCGGCGGUUCCGCCGAGAAUCGUCGCUCGCUGGCAGACUACCUCGGCUUCGACGCCACGCAUAUCGCCGAGCCAGCCGCCGUGCCCAAAAUCAACAAUCACGAGUCCGGUGAUUGGCGCUGGGAUGAACCUGGCAGCCCGGAGGUUGCCCAAACGCCCCGCGCAUUGGUGCCACCCAACUGCUUCCCGCCACGGCAUCCACGUGCUUUCGCCAGUUACAGUGAGAGCGCGCAGCCUGGUUCGGGAUGGAGCGACGAUACUUCCGGCAAAGGAAUUACAGACCUCGUCGCGUCUUUAAAGGCCCUGGCGAUGCCGGCGUCGGCGAACUCUGGUCUCAAGACUGCCAUCAAACUAAGACUGCGGUACGACUCCAGUAACAAUCAGAUGGAGUCCCCAUGGCCGCCGGAUCAAUCCGGGCAAGCCACGGGUCGCGAAGACGCUCGCAUGUUGGCGCGCAGAGCUUCGUUUUGCGGCGUGACUUCAGGCGGGUCAAGUGAGUCCGGGCCAGGGGAGGCCCUCAGCUGGUCGGGCCCGCUGCCGCCACGCUGCGUAGACGCCGGCUUCAGCCCGAAGGUGUUCCUCGGGGGACUGCCUUGGGAUAUCACUGAGCACGCGCUCAUGCACACCCUGAGACACUUCCAGCCUGUGCGCGUGGAGUGGCCGGGCCCGUCGCCGCGCGGCUGCGCCUACGUCACCUUCGAGAGCGAGCGGCGCGUGCGCGCGCUGCUGGCCGCCUCCCGCCGCGACGGCCACGACUGGUACUACCGCAUCACGUCGCGCAAGAUGCGCUCCAAGGAGGCGCAGGUGAUCCCCUGGGCCGUGAGCGACUCCAACUGGGUGGUGGGCGGGUCGGUGCGGCUGGAGCCGUCGCGUACCGUGUUCGUGGGCGCGCUGCACGGCAUGCUCACGGCGCCGGCGCUGGCCACCAUCAUGAACGACCUCUUCUCUGGCGUCGUCUAUGCAGGCAUCGACACAGACAAGAAUAAGUAUCCAAUCGGGUCCGGUCGCGUGACGUUCAAUAAUGUACGCUCUUACGUGCGCGCCAUAUCCGCCGGCCACGUCAAGAUACGAACCGACAAGUUCUCAAAGAAGGUUCAAGUCGAUCCUUAUCUAGAGGACUCCAUGUGUUCCGUGUGCAACCUGCAUCAGGGCCCGUAUUUCUGCCGGGACCCCAUUUGCUUUCGGUACUUCUGCCGAGGUUGCUGGGCGUGGCAGCACCCGAACGACGAGCACAAGCCCCUUAUGCGCAGCUCCAAAGCGGCUACGCCCGCGCCUCGUCAUUCGCCACCCAGCGACACCGGCAGCAUCUACAACGGGGGCUUCAAUGCCAAUAACGAAGAAGCAGACCGCCACGAAAAAACCUCCAAUAGAUAUUCCUGGCCCCGCAUUACACAAGAUAUCUAUUAUUGAGCAACGACAUCAUCGCUAAGCGGUGGCAGUGGCACGAGCGGUAGCGGAAGCGCGGCCAACGGCGACUUCGAGCCUGGUGCUGAAGACCCGCCGGACUCCUGGCCACACAUGCACUAGUGUUCACGCCCAUUGCGAACUACGCGACACGCUAUUAUUCAAUCUAUCAGUAUUCAUCCAUACUGUGACGCCUAUUAUCAUUAACUUUUUGGUAUAAACUAUAAAUAUUCAGAUUCUAGAUAUACCCAGUUCACUCUAAUAGUAAAGACAAUUUUUUAAUUCGUCAAAUUUUAAAUGUAAAGCUGGAAGUCACAGUACAGUUAUAGUAAUAAGCUACUGUCAUGGGGUUUUGACUGCAUUUUAUUGAAUUCUCACCCCUCAUGGAAGAAUGGUGUAAGUGAAGUUACGUCAAAAAUGUUUUUCAAUUCUUGUAACUCUAUCGAUUAAUAUUGUUGAUAGUUAUAAGAAUUGCAGAUGUGGGUUAUAUUUUU